AUCAGUAGAGCGAUGCCCGCUACGUGGCUGGCAUCGCUAGCAUAGCAUCGCAGGCAGUGUGAGCGCUCCCAUUGAAAACUACAGAAUCCAUUGAAAGCGACGUGGUUUCCACCGAGCGCGUGGCGUGCGUGGUGUAGCAUCGCAGCCAGUGUGAGGCGGGCUUAAAAGUGCUCAUUGGCUGCCAAGGCUGAUACGUCACUACCGUGUCGUCACGAGAACAGACAACCAAUCAAUCAUAAGGCAGCUUUAUGUUAUCCCUAUUCCAAGGCUGAGGAAAUCUUAUGGCUUUGUUCUCAAACACUGAUAGAGUUUCACGUGCCCACAACUACUACUCAGCAGAGUCGGCAGUCCUGACAGUGCCUUCAUCACGAUGUGUGGAGUGGCAGAAGGUACUAAAAAUGAAGCUCAAAACAGCUCACAAGCCAUUUGGGGACCACUUUGAUGCCAAGUGGCUCGGGAUCAAAGGGCGGCUACCUUCCAAUGCUGUCCCGAACCCCACAGAUGGCUGUGAAGAUGAUGCUUCUCACAUUGAAUAUGAUGGGUUUGGGGCUACCAUUAAUGCCCCUGAGAUGAGGAAGACAAGCCUCAUUUCAAACGUGCUGCCACUUAAUCAGAUAUAUGAUUCAAAUUUUGGGUGCCUCAGUGAAGACUCCUUCAAUCAGGUUCCACUCCUUGUGGAGGAAGUCUACUGGUGGUGAGCCUAGUGGAGAUGGUGCCAGCAUGGAACAUGAAGGUCCUACCGUCACUACUGGUGUCAGGCAGCACACUUUGCCACCUGCAAGUCCUGCUGGAGGUAAUAAGCAGUGCAAGUAGCACAAGAUGUUGUAAUACCUUGGAGGCAUCACUCCAUCUAUAGGAGGCAAGCUAUUAUUAUAUAGAUACAUUUUUUACACCAAAUCAUAUAUUUUUUUUUACACCAAAUCACAUAAUCUUUUUUUUUUCUAUAAUGUCAGUAUUUGAAAUUCUUGAUUACUCCAUUACAGUUACUUUUUUGUAUUAUUAUGUUUUGUGUAACUUUGAAACAUUAUUGCAAAUAUAGCCUGGGUAUUUAAGUGAUCAUUUUAUUUCAAUA